UUGCAGCUUGAUAUGCUUCAAGAAGAAAACGAUGUUAUUUUAGAUAAGCUACGUCAUACAGAAGAACAACGUGAAGAAGCUGAAGCUAGGGUUCGUUUGUUGGAGAAACAGGUUGCUUCUCUUGGAGAAGGACUAUCACUUGAAGCCAAAUUAUUAAGCAGGAAGCAAGAAGCACUUCGCCAGAGAGAGGCUGCUCUUAAAGCUGCACAGCAAACAAAGGAUGGAAGAGAUGAAGAAAUUACUAUACUUCGUACUGAAAUUGAAGUUAGUUCAUGCUACUCUUAGGACUUACAACCCCUCCACAAAAAAAAAAAAAAAAAAA